AUUAUUGGCAUUUCAAAAUAUGUCCUUUUAUUUGGCAAAAGACAAAUAUUGCGGUGGAAAUAUUGAUUGCCAGAGUGGUUGUUGUUGGAUCGAUAAGACCAUAUAAGAGAACAUUGUGCAAAAACAUGUCUUUCAGUCAGUAAAGGGCAAGCAUAAUGGCUGGUAAAAAUAAGAAAAAGCGCAAUAGCAAGGAUUCAACUGAUGGACAAGGCGAUGGGGAAGAGCAGCGAAGGGGUUCCAAAUCCAAAUCCAAAAAAUCCUCCAGCAAGUCCAAGAGUGGUCGUUUCCAGGGGGAUAUUUUCAAUGAAGCCGCCAUGGAGAAUGCUUACUACGUGUGCCACAAUGUUCAGGAUGUCCUAAAGUCAAGAGGAUUCGCAUGGCCAGAGGCUCAGAAGAAAAAGAAGAAGGGAAAAGGAAGAAAAUAAAUUACCUUUUCUCACUGAACAUCUAUUUUUAACCAUCAUUUGAAUAUAACCACUCAAAUGUACUUCUACGGUCCAAUUUCACGCUGUAAAUGUAUUGAGAAUUCUUCUAGUAAAUUCUACCGAUAGAAUAUACAAUAUAUAGAGCUUAUUAAUAAAA